UGCACCAAUAACGAAGAAAGUAAAGAAGAAAGCAAAAUUCUAGAUUUGAAAUUCUUGAAUCUUUGCAUUAAUGGCGGAGGCAAACACUCCACAUAUAGCUAUCAUACCGAGUCCCGGUGUUGGUCACCUAAUCCCACUCGUCGAGUUCGCAAAGCGACUCGUCGACCACCACCGUUUCACCGUCACAUUCAUCUUCCCCGGCGAAUCUUCGCCGUCUAGUGCCCAAAGAUCCGUUCUCAACUCUCUCCCUUCCUCCAUUGCCUCCGUAUUCCUCCCUCUCAUAGAUCUUUCCGACCUUCUUUCGACAGCAGGAAUCGAAACUCGGAUCUCCCUCACCGUGACUCGCUCGAUCCCGGCGCUCCGUGAGCUUUUCGGCUCGUUGUCGGCGGAGAAACGUCUCCCGGCGGUUCUCGUCGUCGAUCUAUUCGGCACGGAUGCGUUCGAUGUGGCGGUUGAGUUCCACGUGUCACCAUACAUCUUCUACCCAUCAAAUGCAAACGUCUUGUCGUUUUUGCUUCACUUGCCGAAACUAGACAAAACGGUCUCGUGCGAGUUCAGGGACUUAACCGAACCGGUUAGGAUUCCCGGUUGUGUCCCGAUAACUGGUAAAGAUUUCGUCGAUCCGUGUCAAGACCGAAACGAUGACUCAUACAAAUGGCUUCUCCACAACGCCAAGAGGUUCAAAGAAGCUAAAGGGAUUCUAGUGAACUCCUUCGUCGAUUUAGAGCCAAACGCUAUAAAGGCUUUACAAGAACCGGCUCUUGAUAAACCACCGGUUUACCCAAUUGGACCGCUGGUUAACACAUGUUCAUCUUAUGGUAACCGUAACGAUGCGUCCGAAUGUUUAAACUGGCUGGACAACCAACCACUCGGCUCGGUUCUAUACGUAUCGUUCGGAAGCGGGGGAACACUCACGUGUGAACAGCUCAACGAGCUCGCUUUCGGUCUAGAAGAGAGCUGCAAACGGUUUAUUUGGGUCAUACGAAGUCCGAGUGGGAUAGCUAAUUCUUCGUUUUUCAACUCACACAGCCAAACCGAUUCAUUGACCUUCUUGCCACCCGGGUUCUUGGACCGAACCAAGAAGCAAGGUUUAGUGGUUCCGUCUUGGGCCCCACAGGUUCAAAUCCUGGCCCAUCCAUCCACAGGUGGGUUUCUAACACAUUGUGGAUGGAACUCGGUUCUUGAAAGCAUCGUGAACGGUGUACCGCUCAUAGCGUGGCCAUUAUACGCAGAGCAAAAGAUGAACGCAUUGCUACUUGUGGAGGAUGUUGGGGCGGCUCUAAGAGCGCGGAACAUUGAAGAUAGGAUUGUACGAAAGGAAGAAGUGGUGAGAUUGGUUAAGAAGUUGAUGGAAGGAGAAGAAGGGAAGACGAUAAGGGAUCAAAUCAAAGAGCUGAAAGAAGGAGUUGUUAGAGUCUUGAGAGAAGAUGGGCUCUCUACCAAGGCAUUCACUCAAGUUUCCUUAAAGUGGAAAGCCCACCAACGAGAGAUGGAACAAGACAUUACCUAUUCUAAGUAAUAGUAUCUUUCUAUUAUUUGUAUUUUUCUUUCAGUUGUUCCAAAGUUCUAAUUGUGCUUCAUCAAUAUCAUCUAAAUUAAUGAUA